AUGCCGUACCACAACCCCACUCCAAUGGGACCACAACCCCACUCCAAUGGGACCACAACCCCACUCCAAUGGGACCACAACCCCACUCCAAUGGGACCACAACCCCACUCUAAUGGGACCACAACCCCACUCCAAUGGGACCACAACCCCACUCCAAUGGGACCACAACCCCACUUCAAUGGGACCACAACCCCACUCCAAUGGGACCACAACCCCACUCUAAUGGGACCACAACCCCACUUCAAUGGGACCACAACCCCACUCCAAUGGGACCACAACCCCACUCCAAUGGGACCACAACCCCACUCCAAUGGGACCACAACCCCACUCCAAUGGGACCACAACCCCACUUCAAUGGGACCACAACCCCACUCCAAUGGGACCAUAACCCCACUCCAAUGGGACCACAACCCCACUCCAAUGGGACCACAACCCCACUCCAAUGGGACCACAACCCCACUCCAAUGGGACCACAACCCCACUCCAAUGGGACCACAACCCCACUUCAAUGGGACCACAACCCCACUUCAAUGGGACCACAACCCCAGUCCAAUGGGACCACAACCCCACUCCAAUGGGACCACAACCCCACUCCAAUGGGACCACAACCUCACUCCAAUGGGACCACAACCCCACUUCAAUGGGACCACAACCCCACUCCAAUGGGACCACAACCUCACUCCAAUGGGACCACAACCCCACUUCAAUGGGUCCACAACCCCACUCCAAUGGGACCACAACCUCACUCCAAUGGGACCACAACCCCACUUCAAUGGGACCACAACCCCACUCCAAUGGGACCACAACCCCACUCUAAUGGGACCACAACCCCACUUCAAUGGGACCACAACCCCACUUCAAUGGGACCACAACCCCACUCCAAUGGGACCACAACCCCACUCCAAUGGGACCACAACCCCACUCUAA